AUGAAGAUAAAAUCGGACGUGUUCAGCGUCGUUUCUAGUGGUUCAUUUACUUUCACGUCUUUAAGCUUGAAAAUGCAGAAUAUUCAACUUGGAUUCGAGGAUGAUCUUCUCAAAUUUUUCCUGGGUUUUCUCACCGUCCAACUCAUGAAGAUCAACUUGCUUCUCACUUUGAUCGGAGCAGCUUUAUGUUACCUUGCCAUCGUUCUAAUUCCUUGGAGUUUAGAUUCUCCAUUGGAGACUGUUAGUUGUACUACUGCCCUCCAGGAGAACGGGGCAAUAAAAAUUGAUACUCCUGCUUCCGAUCUCCGAAAACAAUUGUGUUCCACUCAGCUGGGAAUUGUGAAUGACAAAGAAAAUCCUGAGAGACUCGUUUACCCUUCAGAUUUUGAGUCCAAACAAAAGGACGCAAUCGCAUCUGGGUUAGUUGAAGAGUGUUACGACGCUUUUGUCACUUGGCGAAAACAGUUCUUAAACGACAAGAUGACUACUACCGGGUUUCAAAAUCUCAGCAUCAAUGAAGUCCACAGGUUGCCGAUGAAAACUCUCAAAAACGACAUCCAAGAAUGGACAAAAGCUUGUCACUUCGUCGUUAAGACGCUGUUUCCUCAGGAACGGCAUGCCUGCAGUGUCGUCUUCUCGGCGCUCUCUCUUCGGGACGAACUGUCCUUCAUGGAAGUUUGUCGGGGAAUAACGACACAGCUAUUGAAUUACGCCAAAGCCGUUUCGACCACAACGCUGUCGCCGGAGCGUUUGUUCAGAAUUGUCGACGUUUUGGACACAUUGGAGGAGAUUUUGCCUGACAUGGAAUCACUGUUCCGUAAUAAGAUUUGUGAGUUUCUCCACGAUGAAGCUAUCGCAGCGAGUAAAAGACUCGGAGAAGCAAUCAAAGGGUCUUCAUAG